CUACAAAACAGUUUCGAUUAACAAAACAAAACAAAUGCUCUCUUUGGUUUACACUCUCUUCUUCCUCCCUUAACUAAUAACUAUUAGUAUUACUUACUACCACCUUUUCCUCUCUCAACUUUCAUUCCUGGACUCUCAUUCUUCCCAUUCUUUUCUUUUGUCUUCUUUCAUCAAAUUGUUAGAGAAAAAAAGCUGGAGCAUCAAAAUCUCACCACUUUGCUUUCUGGUUUCUGCUCAAUCUUUCCUUUUUACCACCUGAAUUUGUACUCCCCUGUACUCUUUAACUUCAAACUCAGAUCAAGUUGCUUCCUUUCUUUGGUUCAAGCUCGCUCUUUUGGUUCAUUUCCAUUGACCCUUUUGCUCAAAAUCCUCGUCACUUAAAUAUUACCAACCGAUGAUGACUCUGGUGCGAAAAUCCCAUUGGGGGUUGCUUCUCUAUCUUCUCUUUCUGCUCCACCUUCACUGCAGCACCUGCUACCCCACAGAACCCAUGAACUGUACGGACACAAGCCGCGUUUGCACUUCUUUCAUGGCCUUCAAGCCCGAGGCGAACCACUCACUGGCUCUGAUUCAGAGCAUGUUUGAUGUGUUGCCUGGUGACAUCACAGUGGAAGGCAACGGGUGGGAUUACCUGUUCGUAAGGAAGAACUGUUCUUGUGCUGCUGGUAUCAAGAAGUACGUGUCCAACACCACAUUCACUGUGAAAUCCAAUGAAGGGUUGGUGUAUGAUAUGGUGAUGGAUGCCUAUGACGGCCUUGCUUUUCUCCCCAACACCACCAGGAAGGCCAGGAAUGGUGCUGUUGUGUCACUGAGGUUGUUCUGUGGCUGCUCCAGUGGACUGUGGAACUAUUUGGUCAGUUAUGUGAUGAGAGACGGGGAUAGUGUUGAGUCCUUGGCAAGUAGGUUUGGGGUUAGUAUGGGUAGCAUUGAGACUGUGAAUGGCAUUGGUAGUCCUGAUAAUGUCACUGUUGGCUCACUCUAUUAUAUACCAUUGGAUUCAGUUCCUGGUGAUCCUUAUCCACUGAAUAAUGCAGCUCCACCAGCUCCUGUUCCUGCCCCAUCCUUUGAUAAUUUUUCAGCUGAUCAAGUCAAUCAUAAGGCUCAUGUACCCUACGGAUGGAUCAUUGGGGGUUUAGGAGUUGGCCUCUUUCUAAUAAUAUUAACUGUGGUUCUCUGCAUUUGUCUGAGAUCAUCAAAUUGUUUUGCUGAUGCCAGAACUGAUGAGAAAAAUGCUGAGAGCAAGAUCUCUCAUAAAUUCCAUAUUCUUCGGAACCCAAGUUUUUUUUGUGGUUCUGGAAGGUACAUAUGUGGCAAACAUGUUGACCAGAAGCAAACGGAUGGUGAAUCCAGCAAUCACACGAUUACCAUUCCCAAAGCUUCAACUCUAGGGCCUGACGUAUUUGACAUGGAUAAGCCUGUAGUUUUUAAAUACGAAGAUAUUUUUUCCUCAACUGAUGGUUUCUCUGAUUCAAAUCUACUUGGGCAUGGAACAUAUGGUUCUGUUUAUUAUAGCCUCCUUCUCGACCAGGAAGUUGCUAUUAAAAGAAUGACAGCUACUAAAACAAAAGAAUUUAUGUCAGAGAUGAAAGUUUUGUGCAAGGUUCAUCAUGCUAAUCUGGUAGAGUUGAUUGGCUAUGCAGCUAGUCAUGAGGAGCUUUUCCUAGUUUAUGAAUAUGCUCAGAAGGGUUCACUUAGAAGCCAUUUGCAUGAUCCACAAAAUAAGGGUCAUUCCCCACUUUCUUGGAUCAUGAGGGUCCAGAUUGCGCUCGAUACUGCUAGGGGCCUUGAAUACAUACAUGAGCACACAAAAACUCAUUAUGUCCACCGAGAUAUCAAGACAAGUAACAUUUUACUUGAUGCUUCCUUUAGAGCAAAGAUUUCAGAUUUUGGAUUAGCAAAACUUGUUGGGAAAGCAAAUGAGGGAGAAAUUUCAACAACCAAAGUUGUUGGUACAUAUGGAUAUCUUGCUCCAGAAUAUUUGAGUGACGGUCUUGCAACCACUAAGAGUGAUGUCUAUGCAUUUGGUGUUGUCCUUUUUGAGAUUAUAUCAGGAAGGGAGGCCAUCAUUCAAUCAGAAGGCGCAAUGACAAAAAAUCCUGAAAGACGUUCACUGGCAUCCAUAAUGCUGUCAGUUCUUAGGAACUCACCUGAUUCCAUGAGCAUGUCAAGUUUGAGAGAUUAUAUCGAUCCAAGUAUGAUGGAUCUGUAUCCCCAUGAUUGUGUAUUUAAGAUGGCGAUGCUGGCAAAGCAAUGUGUGGAUGAGGACCCCAUCGUACGACCUGAUAUGAGACAAGUUGUGAUUUCCCUCUCACAGAUUCUCCUAUCUUCUGUUGAGUGGGAAGCAACUCUAGCUGGGAAUAGCCAGGUUUUCAGUGGCCUUGUUCAGGGAAGAUAGUUAAACAGCAGGAUUCUUUUUUUCUGCAUCCUGUUCUAUACCUUUUUGGUUGGUUGAUAGUGAUUGAUCCAUAGGAGCUGGGACAUGGUGGGUCAGUGUCUAUUUUUGGCCAUUUAUUUUUCUGAAUAUCUUGUGAGCUAUACCUUGAUUUUGUUUACCUGCAUUCUAAUAUAUGUAGAAAAUUUUUGAUGUAAUUUAGUGUGUUGUGAUGGAGCUAAGGAAGGAUUAUAUUGCUCUGUGAUUUGUAUUGAUAUAAGUUGUAAUUCGACAAUCGACAUUAAUCCACGUAUGUUUAUAUUCUUUGAUUCCUUUCA